AUGAAAGCGGCCCUUAUGUGGACAAUUAAUGAUUUCCCGGCCUAUUCAAUGCUAUCUGGUUGGAGCACAUCAGGUAGAUUGGCAUGUCCAUAUUGCAUGGAAGAUACGAAUGCAUUCACGCUUACUAAGAGUGGUAAACAAUCGUGGUUUGACUGCCACAGAAAGUUUCUACCUCCGGGGCACCGUUUUCGUCGAAAUGUCACCGAUUUUCGAAAAGGUAAACAAGAAAAAAACCAUUUUCGUAGGGUGAAAACAGGAGAUGAACUGUUGGCAGAGGUGGACCGCCUAGGGUUUAGGAGGGCAUAUGAGCCCCAUGCAAAAGUUAUUAAUGCCGACUUGUCGAAGAAGUGUGGUUGGAACAGAAAAAGUAUAUUUUGGGAUUUGCCGUAUUGGAGAACAAAUGUGAUUCGGCAUAAUUUGGAUGUCAUGCAUAUCGAGAAAAAUAUUUUUGACAACGUUUUCAAUACCGUGCUGAAUGUUCCUGGAAAGACAAAGGACCAUGCAAAAUCAAGGGCAGAGUUAACUGAUUUUUGCGAUCGUCCGGAACUACCACAAGACCCAACUACUGGUAGAUAUCCGAAGGCACUGUAUGCUCUGGACAAGGAGCAAAAAAAAUUAUUGCUAGAAUGGAUUCAGCAAAUUAAAUUCCCGGAUGGCUACGUGUCAAACUUGUCUCGGUGUGUUGAUUCAACCAAACAGAAAAUGAUGGGCAUGAAAAGCCACGACUGUCAUGUGUUUAUGCAGCGACUCCUACCAAUUGCGCUGCGUGAGCUUCUCCCAAAAGAGAUAUGGGAGCCUAUAGCAGAGUUGAGUAUCUUCUUCAGGGAGUUAACUGCUACAUCACUUAAGGGCGAGGAUCUGAAACGUAUGGAAGAAGAAAUCCCGAAGAUACUUUGCAAGUUGAAACGCAUAUUUCCUCCCAGCUUUUUUGAUUCGAUGGAAUAUCUUCCUGUACAUCUGCCAUACGAAGCUAGAAUGGCUGGACCGGUUCAGUAUCGGUGGAUGUAUCCAUUUGAAAGAUAUUUGCGGAAAUUGAAAAAAAAGGUAUCCAACAAAAGUCGGGUGGAAGGCAGCAUUAGUAGCGGAUACCUAAUAGAGGAAACAGCAAAAUUUGCCUCUUUUUAUUUCACGGAUGGUGAUCCGACGUUACCCUGUCGACUGCAAAGAAAUGAGGUAUUUGAUACCGAUAUGGAUGAUGAUGUCGACCGACUUUCAAUUUUCAGAACAGUUGGGGAACCCAUAGGUGCCUGCCGCAAAAGACAUCUGGACGAGUAUGAAUAUGUCGCCGCCCGGAGUUACGUCCUUUUGAAUUGUGCGGAAAUCGAACCUUACAGAGACUCACAAAUUCUCAUGUAUUCUUCUGAAAGUGUUUUCGAAGACGAAUUGCAUGCAAUCAACCCUGCAAUCACGCGGAUCGAAGUUGAAGGAAAGUUAGAAAGGGAAUUUGUGUCCUGGUUUGAAGGACAUGUGAAGGACCCAGCUACAUGUAUGAAUCCCUAUAUUCUAAGUCUUGCGAAAGGCCCACUUAGAUCAGUCAAAACAUAUAAGGGAUAUCGUGUAAACGAGUUCAAAUUCAAUACUCAAGAUUAUGGCGAGGAUCGAGUUACUAUGAAUAAUGGAGUUUGUGUUAAAGGGUCUCUAUUCGGUCCAGCCGUAAGCGACUUUUAUGGAAUGCUGACUGACAUUAUUGAGAUUGAGUAUCCAGCGCUGCCAAUUAAAAGGACCGUCCUAUUUAAAUGUGAUUGGUUCGAUCCAACUCCAAACGUGGGUAUGUCAGUGCAUCGUCGAUACAACAUGGUAGACGUUAAUCACAGAAGGAGGAUAAAGGCUAGAUCUGAGCUUGACAUGCCAGAUGAGGUUUUUCUGGCUUUCCAGGACGACGUCGUAGAACAUGCUCUUAAUGUGGAAACAGCUGAUGAUCCGACUAAUUUGGUUGACCCGGACGAGGAAGCAGAUGAGGAGGCGUUGGAAACGACGCCAACAGCAGAGACAGGCGAUGAUUUUCUACCAUCCUCAUCAGACGAAGCGUAG